AGGUAGUUUUCUUCAGUUUAAACUCCUCGUUUUUUUCAAGCAACACAAGCAGCUACACCUCAUCGUAUCUAGCAUUUUGUUGUUCCUUCAUCUUUUCGAUAAGUACCAGGAAGUUGUAGUUUAAGUAUCUUACUGGAGAUAGCCAAACGCUCAGAAUGGAAGUGGUACAGCAAGUGGUCGCUGACCUUGAAUGCGCCAAAUCUUCUGGAUGCAAGAUGGACAUGGUUCCGGAGGUUCCAGGGCAGCUCUCAGAGCAACACCAGACCCAGUUCAGGAGAGCCAGAGAGGCGACCGCCACACCGGAGAAAGCGCAUUAUGUCUGCGCUGGGUUUGUAGCGCCGACGUUUGGCAACGUCUUCUACGCGAUCGAAAGCCAGUUGAUGUGCUACAAUUAUGAAAAUGGAUACUAUCACUAUCUGUAGCUAUUGUGAACGAAACUGUAACUGUAAUAGAAGCGAAAUUAAGCGAAAGGUAGAGCACUCACUUCUCCAUGAUGUAUUUUUUGCUCCCUCCUUUUGAUUUGUAACGAGAGAACCUGUACAGCUACAACAUUCAUCACAUUAUGAAAUCCACUCGGGCAUGAAAAAAAUCAGUGACUUUUGAACACUCACUUUUGCAUGCCUCUAAACUUUUGAAGAAAAGAAGGAGUUUCUGUCCUGGUCUUCGCAGCCACAUACUGGUCCUGUACGCGGACUAUGCGAAAAUGCGUACUUGAAGCAAGAAGUUUUGCGCAAGAAUGUAGUAGAGGCAGAACGAGAAGCAAAAGAGCAAGAAGAUGUUGCUGCAGGAGGUGAUAAAGGAGACGUCGAGGAAACUAAACGGAGGAAAAUUGAAACCACGUCAACUCCUUCCUCGAUGCAACCUUAUAUGGCCACCGGUGGGGAUGACAAGAUGAUUGUCCUUUGGUCUGCAGACCGCAAAGAGCUGUAUCGUUAUACACAUCCUAAGAAAAUCACCUGUCUACUUUUUGCGCCGGAUCAAAGUCUUUUGUUCGCAGACAAAUUUGGCGACGUCUAUCGAUUGGACUUUUCGAAGCUGGGAUUGGCAGAAGGUUCUACUCUUACUUCUGCAACAACAUCUUCCUCCUCCGAAGCAGCAGCAGCUGUAACACUCCUCUUUGGCCAUCUGGCGAUUGUGACGUGUAUGAUCUUCUGCGGAGAUUUGCUGGUAACAGGUGACAACCAUGAGAAGAUCCGGGUCAGUCGUUACCCAGAGCACUGGAACAUCGAGACCUUCUGUUUGGCACACACCGGACACAUCACCAGGUUGCUAUCUCUGCCCACGAAAGGGACACCGAUGGAAGAGACCUCCAAGAAGAGUAGUUCUACUACAACAACGAAUUAUGCGUUAGUCAGUCUAGGGGCCGACGGACGCGUGUGCCUUUGGAACCCACUGAAUGGACAGAUGCUGGACCAGUACUGCUUUCCCAGUACUUCUACAGCUACUGGAGAACAAGAAACACCAAAUGCUCCAGAGUUUGCAACCGAAGUCGCAGUUUUGCCGGACGCCUACGUCAAGCCAAAGCUGUUGCUACAUUGUAACGCUUCUUCAAGUUGUGCUUGUGCUUUUGCUUCUGAUCAGCACUCUUCUAGUGGUCCGUCUGCGUCCACCUCUUCUACUUCGACAACAACAGCUGCAGGGCCAAAAGAUAUUAAUGUUUCUUUGCAAAUCCAAGGCCCUCUCGAAUACUCGCCGUUUCUCCUAUUCCAACGUUCUCUGACAAAAGGCACAACCAACGCCACCAGUUUGCUGGGUUAUUCAUCGAGUAAACGCGUGUAUUAUGUGGAUCAGAAGACGGGACAUUUGCUUGCUGCAACGUUAGAAAACCAACCUAGAGAAAUCGACUCAGAUCACGACAUUCAUCUAUCUGGGAACAAAACGACAUCGAGUGAAAAGCCUUCUUCGACAACUGAUACCAAGAACAUGACUAAGAAGGUCAACACAAAAACCCUGAAGCUAGAGGAUUUGGGCUUUCAACCAGGCAUGACGUUGAUUUCUGGCGCAAGGAAGGAGAAGCUGUACAAAUACUUCAAGGAUGGUGGAGAGGAUGAUGAGGAAUAGAUGACUUUGGGGAAAGACCAUUGAUUUCUACAUGGACAUACCUUGUAGUAGUAGACCUCGUAAAAAAAUGCAUCAAUGCCAAAAAUAGAUCGGCUUUCCAGCUUCGAAACUGACAUUCUAAAUGCGCUCAGAUGAAAACAUGAAGAUGACCUUUUCCUUUUGCCCUUUACACCAUGAUAUGAAUUGUGACACCGGGUGCUAGACGCGAAAGGCGAUGUGCUGCGGACGAAAAAUUGGAUGUAUUUAUCUGCCAAUAAUAUUGAUAUCAGU